CAGAAGAAGAAGCGGGUGGAUGGAGUCAGCAGCAGGUGAGUGAUGACAAGCCGGUGGAGGCGUUCGGUGGACGAGCUGGCAUUGAGGGGGAGGCAGAGGGGGGAGUGUGAGCGAGCUCAGGAGGCCCUCGGUCGGGUCACUUCCUGUUUCCAGCAGCUGGCGGCGUCUCUGGGCAGCUCAGCGGACGGUAGCUUCCUGAGGGACGAGAUGGACGAGACGAGGAACCUGGCUCAGAGAAUCUGCAGAGGUCUGUCCCGGCGUUUGCUGCGUCUGCUGUCAGAUUGUGGCCCCGCCCCCUCAGGUCUGGAGGACAGACAGGUGCUAGACUGUGGCCCCGCCCCCUCGGGUGUGGAGGACAGACAGGUUUCUGAGCGCCUGUGGGUUCUCUUCCUGUCUGCGUUAGAGACCUUCCUGUCCGACCUCCGUAAGGCCUGCGAUCUGAUUGGACGGUUCCCGUUGAGGCAGCGCUACGACAGACGCGCUCUGGUAAACACAGGAUGUGUUGAUGGCGUGGUUGCGGUGGCAGCUCGAGUGGCAUCAGUCCAGGCCCCGUGGCUCACUUUGGAGGAGGAGCCAACCCCUGAUCUGACCAAUCACAUCACAGAACUGGAAGCCAUGCUGAGUGAGAUGCAGCUGAGGGUUCCGGUGGCGUUCUGGUCGGUGGAGGCGACCCAGCCGGCCGGUGUGGAGGCCUGCGGGGGUCUGGAGGGUCUGGAGGGUCUGCAGGAAGUGGAGGACUCCCUGGAGGAGCUGAUGGAGGGGGAGAUCGUCUCCAGGAGGCCGGCCUGCUGCUGCCUGAGCUGCGUCGGGUAAACCUGGGUCAAACGUUACGGACUUCAGCAGCGUCUCUGUGCUCGCUGCACAGGUUGGUCUCCAGCUGUAGACCCCCGUCCCUCCAGCUGCAGACCCCUGUCCGUCGAGCUGCAGACCCCCGUCCCUCCAGCUGCAGACCCCCGUCCCUCCAGCUGCAGACCCCCGUCCCUCCAGCUGCAGACCCCCGUCCCUCCAGCUGCAGACCCCCCUGCUGAACGCUUCGACUCCUCAUUAAAUCCCUCCUGUUCAUUCCUUCCCUGAAGGUGACGGACAGUAACUCGCUUCAUAGUUAUAUACAACCACCGUGAGAUGCAAUAUUUAGAGAUAAUGAAAGAGACCAAAUAUAUAAAGCUGAUUUAUGAGGAGAGGUAUUUAACCGCGCUGCAUGAAGAACACACAUGGGAUUUAUAUUUAACGGUAAUAAAGGAGAUAACUUCA